ACUGGGCACAACACCAAUGAACAACUCUCACGUGACGUUACAAUAUCAAAAUGGCGAUCCUACGUUACGAACGGUUGUUUACAUUUACGAUACUUGUUUUUAAAUGUUUUAUAUUUAUUCCUGAUAUUUGCUACGGAGCAAUAAGUGAAGUACACAGUUUCCAAAGUAGUUUAUUAAAUGAGAGAAGCAGAUCUGAAGUACUUUUUCCAAGCAUUUUACGGAAAAAACGAAGUCCUGAUGAAGGAUUUAGGACCGAAUCUGAGAAAAAAGACAGUAGCUGCCUUCUGCAACAAGUUAAUUUUAGGGAUACGAUUAACAGUCUGAAGAAUGGUGUACGUCUUGAAGAAACGCAUGUAUUUGUGAAUGAAACCAAGUUUAACUUGGCCUUAGCUUGGGCCUCUGGAGAUAAUCUAGGGAUCCUCCUGGUCCUGACCACAGAUUCAAAAGGCUUCACACAUGAAUCCACUCUAUGGAGGAGCACUGACCAUGGCAGAAGCUGGAAGAACUGGUCCCAUGCCGUGGAUAACAAUGUGUUUCGCAUGAAUGACGGCUUGCAGAGAAAUCCUCUCAAUCCAAGCAAGGUGUACCUGGUGAGCUACGAGCCAUUCCUCUAUGUGACAGAGAAUGGUGGGGAAACAUGGAAGAAAUCUGAACUGGAGAAGCCGCUGGACGGCAGCCCCUUCGAGGUGGUGGUGGAUGAGCAACUGGAGUUCCAUCCUGAGAUGGAGGAUUAUGUUGCUGUCAUUACAAACUCAAGACAACUGUAUGUCACAUACAACAACUUCAAGACAAAGGCUGAGUCCAUACAACAGAGUGUGCAUGCUGUCAAGUGGGGCUCAGUGAAAGCUAAAACAGAAAAAUGUUUGUAUGUGACCACAGGGGAGUUUGCUCACCCAUUGUUCAGCAUUGGGCCAGAGAUCCUUGACCUACAGCGCUACGACAGCCGAUCAAACACCUGGAAAACUAUCCUCAAGAGGGUCGCUGUCUUUGAUGUCCAGGACAAGUUUAUAUAUGCUUCCAUUUAUAAGUCUGAAAACCCCAAAACUGCUGAGGAUGACAAGCUGAUGAUGAUCUCAUCUGAUGGUGGCGACACCUGGGGGGAAGCUCAGCUGCCUACACUGACAGGAGACAGGUUUUACUCUGUGCUGGAUAUGUCUGAGGGUUUGAUCUUUAUGCAUGUGGACAACCCAGGAGAUACUGGCCACGGUACCUUGUACACGUCCUCCUCUGAUGGCAUUGUUUACUCAGAGUCCCUGAGGAAUCAUCUGUUCCCUAACUAUAACUCAAUCCAUGACUUCUAUAAGGUGGAGUCAAUACGUGGCGUGUACAUGGCCAGUCAGAUGAACGAGGUGGACAAGUCCAUCCACACAGUCAUCACCUUCAACAGAGGAGCAGAGUGGCUCAACGUCUCACGCCCCGAUGGCGUGGAGUGUAAAAAUGCUGAAAAGGACGGAUGCUACCUACAGAUCCACAACGCCUACAGUGUACACAGAGGUGUCAACGCCCGGCCUCCAGCCAGUAGCAAAAGUGCUAAUGGAAUUAUCUUGGUCCAUGGUCAUGUAGCCAGCAACCUACAGACCACACCACCUGAUGUCUUCCUCUCCACAGAUGGAGGAUACCACUUUAAAAAGGUCCUGACUGGCCCCCAUGCCUAUGAGAUUGCUGACAGUGGUGGGCUGCUGGUUGCUGUACCUAUCUCUCAAGAUGUGGUGGACAUCAUCAAGUUCAGCACUGACGAGGGCAACUGUUGGCACGUGUACAAGUUUACCAAUGACUCCAUCAAGUUUACUGGGCUCCUGACUGAGCCAGGUGGCAAGUCUAUGACAGUGGGCAUCUGGGGCUACACCAGUGACACCAAGAAGUGGACCGUCAACGUCAUUGACUUUAACAAUGUGGUCAAGGAUGAAUGUAAAGAAGACGACUAUGAGCAGUGGGUGCCACACUCUGGUCUGAAGACACAGAAGGGCCAUGAGGGAUGUUUACUUGGUCAAAAGGAAACUUACAGGAAGUUGAAGGCAGACUCAUGGUGCAGAAAUGGCUAUGCCCGCCCUGCUGCAUAUAGUAAUGAGAGAUGUACCUGCAUUGAAGAUGAUUAUGAGUGUGACUUUGGCUUCUAUCGUCCUGAUGGUUCCACCAAGUGCAUCAGACAACCAGAGAUCAAGGCUGAGGAGAUUGAUGUCUGUAAAAACCAGCACCUAGAGAGGCUCGUUAGUGUUGGCUACCGUCUGAUCCCUGGGGAUGUCUGCAACCCUAACGGAGGAUUCCAGCCCAAAGCUGAGGAGGAUGACCUCAAUAAGUUGUGUGGUCUGGGUGACAAGAGCGUCAUUAUGAGUGACAUCGCAGCCCCUAAGACAUACACUGGAUCCUACAAGCUGGUGAUUGGCUCCAUCAUUGCUGUCAUUGUGCUGCUUGUCGCUGUCGUUGGCGCUGUCUUUGCUUACAAGCUGGUUCUCCUGCGCAGGCACAAAGUUGUGUACCGCUACUCAGCUUUGAACACCACUGAUGAGAGGGACAACGACUAUGAAAAUGCUUUGGUCAGCCACGACACACUGUACAGGGAGUCAUCAGAUGAUGAGGUGGAGCAAGAGAACCAAUCACCACAACGUAAUGGUAAAGGCCCAGUGAAAGAAAAACCUGACAUUCGGUCCUUUCACGAUGACUCUGAUGACGACAUGCUUGGAUAAAGAUAAAAGCUGUUCACUUUGUCUUUCAUGCUUCUGUGAUUGCUGUCUGACAACACUCACCUGUUUGGUGUGUUGAGAUGUUUGGUGUGUUGAUGCAGCUUCAGAAAAAUUAGCUGGUAACAGAGGCCAAGAGAUGUGGAUGUUGAUGUGCUGGGUGGAAGUGUGUGUGUGAAGGUGAAAGUGUGUGUGGUGGGUGUAUCAUGGCUGAAAGUUGUGUGCAGGGUGUGUUAUUCAUGUUCAAAAAAUAGAUCUUUUUUUUUUUUAUGUCCUUAACAACCUGCUAUUUUAUUUAUAACUUAAUCAUCCAAUGUUUAGAUCAUCCAAUAUUUAGAUCAUCCAAUGUUUAGAUCAUCCAAUGUUUAGUGUGGUUAGCUCCACAGAUCAUCUGGUUGUAAAAAUUAGCUUUUUUUUUUGUCAACUUCUUGACAUGUUGAAAACAGGUUGAGAAAUGUGAAAGCAAUUUCUUUCCAUUCAGAUGUCUGAUCUCAUCCAAUCAUUGACCACUGAUGUACACACUUUGGGCUUUUUAUAUAUUCUGUUUAUGCAAUCAUUUUUUAAAAUAAUUUUUUAAAUACAUUCUCUUUAUGGAUCUUAAUGCAAUAGUUGCUGAGCAUAAUUUUGUUUGAAAUCCUUGUCAUAAUAUUAAUUAAUAUUUCCAUUAGAGGGCUUUUGGCAUGUUUUUUUUUUUGGAGGAAGGGGAUUAACUCUGAUCAAAAUAUUUUCAUAAAUUUGUAUAAGAAGUAUGUUAAAACUUGGAUUGGAACUUGAUGUCAGUAUUUAUUUAACACAACGCUGGUUGUGAACAUUUGAUAUAGAGGGAAGUUAUAAUAAAAUUUCUAUUUUGUUCAAAACAGGAUAAAAUACUAGAUAUUGUUUGAUAAAAUUAGCACUCAACAUUUAUUCCAGUCUUUGAAGUGAAAGAAAAAUUAUAAAAACUAAUCAGCUGUUAAAUUGUUUAUUAUGGUAUGGCAGUUAAGCAGUAAUGCAGCAACAUAUGGGGAAUUGAGAUUUUUUUUUUUGAAAGGACAUAGGUGAUUUGAUGAUUAACUUAAUUAAUGUGGACUACAUUUAAUUGUACCAGUAUCACAUGAUGACCCACAGUUGUAGUGGAGUGGCCACUGCAAUGUUCAUUCAAUAUAUGUUAAUUUUGUCAUUGAUGAACCAUUUUUUAUAACCUUUGACCCUGCUCUAAGCCUAGAACCAGGCAACAUUUUCUCUCCUGCACCCCAGCUGUUAAAAUAUUCCCAUGUGCUGGAUUGAGUAACCAAACUGUCAGGGUUGAUUUGUUUUUUCAGAGAUUUAUUUACAAUAUAUUUUACUACUUUAGUUUACUUUUGUGUAGGGCCAAUUAUUGGUAAAAAUAAACUUUCAUUCCAUAUGUUCUUA